UGGGAGUUGGUGGUAGAACAAGCUAGCCUGGUUUACCAGUCUCUUUACCUAAUCCACUCCCUGUACCCAUGUGAUGUGCCAAGAGACUGGUCUUAGUUUCUGCCAUCUUCAAAUAUAAACGUUAUAUCAUUAAUGAUGAGAACAGAGGAUUUUGAUACUGAUUUGAUCACUCACACAGCUAUCGUCCCAUCACAACGACUAUGCAAAUAUUGAAACUCACUUUUUCUCCACAGAAACAUGUUGCUAAAACCAGUCUGUCCCAAAUUUGCUAGCUCACUUCUAAAUUCUCAAACUAAAUACAUACUGCAAUUCCAACCACAAAAGGUUUUUAGUUUCAAAAUACAACAACGUGCCUAGCUAACAGCUAAAUGUUUUUGACUUUGUUAUACAUUGCAAUUAUAUUUUCGAGGCUCCACAUGUCAUGGAAAAUAUUAACGUUAUUUACAACAACCAAUGAGCAACUCCGCAGUAAAUCCAGCGCGAGGACGUUGAGAUUGCUAAAAGGUCAGUCUCUCUGGCAAUGACAAGGAAGUGACCAGGAGUGAAACGUUCAGACUAAGAACAUAUAGGCCUACUUCAAAAGAAAAACUAGGGGCCAACUGUCAAACAGAGGCUAUGUAAUGUAUUUUCUGAGAAAUGCAAAGGAACACAACGAUACAUUUCUGUAUGCUGGUACUGUACAAGAAAAUGCGGUGCCAAGCCAUUUCAUUAGGGCAUGGAGAGACACUCUUUCUGAUAUAAUCUAAUACAAGGCUAUGCCAUUAGACGAUUUGCGUACAUACAUUUCACUUAUGGGUGGUCCAUUUUGCCAUGAACCCAACUGAGCUACAAAGGACUUGUUGAGGAAAAGCGUGCAAGUGAGCAUUUCACUGCAUUGUUUACACCUGCUGUAUCCUGUGUACGUGACAUUUAAAUGUCGAUUGACGGCGGAGAUAGAAGAUUCAGUUGAAGUGAAACAAUUCUGUAGACAUUUAAAAAAAAAAUGCAUCUGUAAAUAAUCAAACAUUAUAUAGGCCUAUGUAAAUAAAUGUUUAUCUGUAAAUAAUCAAACAUUAUAUAAGCCUAUGUAUCUAUAAAUAAACGAAUGGAUUUAAAUACUUUACAUCGAAAAUGUUGAAAGAAGCCAUGAGUGAACUCGUGCUUCAGUAAUGGAAUCAACAUUUCCCUGACAUUCUUUUGUAAUGAACUACAUAGCUACAGUGCGCAAUAUUGCGCGAGUUGUUUACAUUUGAAACGCACACCACUCAUUUUAGCCCCAUGUGCCCAGAGAUUGGAACAAAUCAGACAUUAGACAUUUCACCCCAGAAAGCUACUGAGAAAACAUUUCAGGCAAGUGGACAGAGAUAACAACCAGGGAUUCAGGCAUUUAGACCUAUUCUGUAAACAACAAUAACCUGCACUGAACAUUUGCUUCUUAAACACUGUGAUCUGAAUAGCAACAAAUGCAAAACUACUAAAAUGUAGGCUAUAGAUUAUUUAGACUAUAGAAGUAGUCACUAUUUUUGACUGAAAACUCAAAUGAUUUGUUAUUGCAUUCCCUCAGAUAUUAAUUAUUCUAAGUCAUAGUACCUAUCCCGAACACAAACUGGAAAUGGACAUUCCCUCCCCUCUUCGCUCCCCUUUGAGCAUGCCUGAUAUUAAGAAAGUGAAGAUAAGUUCUCCCAAACACACUCCUGAUGCUGAAUACCUCUUAAGGAGAAGGGGUGGGAUGGCAGAAAGUCUUGAGGAGACUGCAAAGCCAACAUUGGAUACAGUCUGGCUGAAAUCAAGAAAUAGUACAGAUGACGACAGAAAAUCUAACAACCCGUUUGUGCUUCCAAUGGAUCGUAACAUCUUCAAAAAGAGAGAGAUUGAAUCUGUAAUCAAACAACAAGAGAAGAAGUUCUUCAGCAGCCUGCCAACCCAGAUGAAGAGUACCUACCUGUCCCGACUCAGGUGCCGCUCUGCCCCCAUGAGGAGUGCUGUGCAGGACACAAUCGCAGAACCAGAGAAAUGCAGUCGGGAAAAAACAACGUGGGCCACCGUGGUCACUAAAAGUUGCAGUCAAGAGAGGGAGAACAUUAGGGACUACUUGUCUAAACAGCGAGAAAAGUUUAUGCUGCAGUACUCUCUGUCAGUGAAGCAAGACACCAUCAAGAAGCUGGAGAAGGACACGGUGAUAGAGCUUCAGUUGAUCAGACACGCUGAGAAACAUCUGCAACAGGACUCGGUCGCCUUUGAAAAGUUCAUCAAGGAAAACGACCAGAGCUCAGUGGAAGCUGUCAAGUUGGCAGAGAAAGAGACUAUGCUGAAAAUGGAGAAAACAGCAGAAAUUAAAAAAGUAACAGUACAAAUGAUGGCGAUGAAAAGCGACAUCUCAAAGUAUCAAGAAAUACUGAAGGAGUACCAGACCUACAAAACGUUUCUCAUGGCCGUCGGACCCAUGGAGUGGCGUGAGGAACAGAAACGCAAGAGGGAGGACAGGAGAGCAACCAAGCAGAAAGAGAAUUCAAACAUUUUCUGUCUUCCUUCAUCGGUCAAAGACGAAAAUAAAAAAGGUCCAGCGUAUGCCAGACGCAAUUCAAGAGUGACAAAAAAUGCUCAGAUAAGACAUCAAAGCAAAAGUGGCAAAGUCAGCAGCAUACUUCACCACCAGGAGAGACAGGGGUCCACCAUCCCUGAGGUGCCAGAGACCGCAGAGACCUCAGACAGUGACGAGGAGCCAGAGUUGUGUUACUCCAACCCCAGGGACAUGCUGAAUUUGCUGACUGAUCUGGAGGAGCAGAACCUGUCCUACAUCCAGAACUUCCAGGAGACAGAGGAGGUCAUGGAUGAGAUCCGCAAAACCAUCCAGUUGACGCAGGAAAGAAUGAACAGUGAGGCCCGGAUCCUGCUGCAGCAGGUAGACAUCCUGAAGAACACCAUCCAGAGGGAGGAGGAGAAGACCUCUGAGCUGGAGCUCAAGUCCAGGAUCUUCUCCUACGGAGAGUACAGAGCUGACAAACAGGACGUGAUGCUCAAUGUGCUGCACAAGAAGGUGAAGGAAGUGUACAGGGUGUGUGUGGGAGAGGUGGACUCCAAUAUCAGCACUCUUCACAUGCUGGCCAACAUCGAGAGCAGAAUGCAGGACGUUAUGGACCGACUGGAGACGCUGCCCCCGGACAACAUUGACACCGUCCGCACCCAGCGGGAGAAGGAGAAGAGGCUCAAGAUGCGUGAGGAGAAGCUGUUGAUGAAGAAACACCACCAAGAGGAGAGACUCCGAAUGGCUCUGGAGAGAGCCACCUCUGACAGCAAGAAGAGGACGGGCAGAAGGCUGAUGCCGCGAUCGGAGCCAUCGGAGAUCAAGAAGAAGGACAAGACACAUGCGUUGACCACUAGAGAGCAAGAAGACGCCUUGUACUUCUUUGCCUGAUUAUUUUAAACCAUCAGUAUUCACAGACAAUAUAAGACAGUGACUGAUUUUAAAUGAGCUUUUGUAUACAGUACCAAUCAACAGUU